GCCGCCGUAAAGAUUUUUCUUCUUGGAAAAAAAAAAAAACCCAACAUAUAUAUAUUUCUAUUCAUUACAAGUUUUGUUUUCUUUUUUUUCUACAUAUGAAUUUGUUAUCAGAGCGUCACAACUUUUUUUCUCAAAAAUGCCACCUUUGUAAUUCUUAUGGCACUUGGUAAUGUUUUGUUGCCCCAACGCAGACACAGAGUGGAGAAGGAGUAACUCAGUCUUUAUCCUUGCCACAUCAUUCUAAAGGCCUCUUUAUACGCCCACGCUCGCGCGGCCGACAGUGCCCGCAUUGCAUCACGUGACCGACGCAUAGGGGGCCGCACGGCCCUAUGCGGCACUUAACGUGCACACGGCCCAAAUUGUCGCCGCACUCAGAAUGCCGCGGAGAUCAUCUCUCGUGAUUGGUCCGUUUUAGUCACAUGCUGUGAUGACAUACUACUUUUCCAUGAUGUAACAAUGAGGCGAUUUAAAGCAGCCACGUUAGUUGAGUAUAAGAUGAUGUAUUUUUGGGGUGUAGACGUAGCUAAAUACCUUACUGCCUGUCAUAAUUGUGCCGGAAUACCCGCUAAUGCGAACAAAGAUGCUUAUACAGUAUAGUGGAGGAGGAGCGACACAAACCAGGGCCUAAGUGUGUCACUGGGCCACGUUUUAGCCACACCCAUAAAAGCAGGAAAACUAAAUUGGUGAAAAAACAGCUAAACACGAUUGGCUGUAUUUUCAUGAACGGCGUAAAUCCUGUGCGGCGGACAGCGCUACUACCAGAAGCGGGUUAGACUGUUAUUGGUAGUUUCACAAACAAGCUCAGGCCUGCGGAUCUGAGAGUGGGUAGGCUGUGCCACUGUGCGCGUGUUUACAACCGACUUCAGUCGCCGCCAAUCAAAGCGGAUCCUCUCAUUAGCUUUUAUUGUGGCUGACUGACUGUCUCGACUGAGACAUGGUGCCAUUCUCUGUGCGGAAGAGGACGCUGCGUAAUCACAGCGAUCCGUGCGUGAGUUUAUCUCACUGCUCUGGCCAUAAUGUGUGCCAACAAACAAUGUGAGCAGGUACCUUCAUCAAAUACAGAAUGAGCUGGUGAUAACCACUGGGGACCUAAAUGUGUCCGCGAAGCUCAAUUUCUGCCUGCGCGCCGAACAAAUUCACCAAAAUCGCUUUAGACGAGCAGUCAAGGAUGCGCCAAAAGUUAGACGUGCUCUGAGCAGGCGUAAAUUUAGAUCGACCUUCUGCCACCAAAUUGUCCGUCCAACUGGCACAUCCCCAAGGUCACACCCUUGCUGCGCCAGAACGCCCAGCUUGUCGCAGACCGGUCCGCCAAAUUGGCAAACGCGCAGCGAGCCUUGUUUUUGCACAAAAAUGAGUCUACGAAUAAAGGCCCUAUAUCCACAGUUGAGUAUGUUUUCAGCAAUUAUCUUCAAAUGUAAUCAUGUAGUUAAAAACAAAUCUCUGAAUUCACGUUAGAGCGUCUUUAAUCUUAUCAAUGUCUUUGAUGAAUUAUUUAAUUUUAACUCUAACAUGCAUUAUGUGCAGUGUGGUUGUACUAUUUGGAAACGAAAAAGCUGACCGCCAUCCCCAAGCAAUUAGAUCCGAACUGGUCUGAGACGGUACACACUGCAGUAUAUCUGGAGUCAACAAUGAUCAACAUAUCACGUAUGUGGAUUAAGAUGAAACCCAGACUGCCAUUGUAGUAGAAGUCCACUCCCUACCAGGAUUGCUUUCAAUGCACCAUGGCGAAACUUGAUCUCUCAGCAAACUUUAACUGUGUGAGUGUUUGUUUGUUUUUUUUGUUUUUUUAAUUAACUGCAGUCUUGCAGAUGUUUAACAGCCUUGCUUAUUUCACGGGCCUGUUGAUCCUCCACUCAUCUGCUUCAAGUUUCACCAGCCGUCUUUUUGCCGCGCUUGAGUUAUUUCUGUGAGUCUCCAGCACUCCAGCUCGCUGCUCUUUUCUUCCAAUCUGGCUCCCCCACUCUACCCUCUCCUCCCUUCUGCCUUUCUUUUCCUUCCUCCGUCUGCCACUCCACAAAAGCGUGAGAGGCAGUUGGCAAUCGGUCCGCACUGGACCAUGGAUGGUGGCAAAAAUGGCAGCUUUUGCCUUAUCCGUCCCCCUUUCUCCACCUCCCUCGGCCCCUCUUGAGAGAAGUAACCCAGAUUUCAAAAUGAAUCUCCUCAUAUUCCCCUCCAUCUCUCCCUCUCCUCUCUCUCUUUCUUUCUCUCUCUCUCCAUCUUUUCGUCCUCCUCUUUGUAAAAACAGGACCGAUCUUGGAAAGAGAGUACCACCUCUCCAUCUCGUCCUCCUCCUCACCCUGCCUCUGGGUUAACGGAUAUUUACAACUCCUAUCUUUGGUUCCAGAAAAGCUUGAAUCACAGUCGCUCGCUGCUGUUUUGUCGAGAAAGCGUCCUUCUUUUUUUAAUUUACGCUGGCUCAUUUCCUUUCCCCUUCUGGUAUUUUUUUGUGUCUCCUCUCACUUUUUUGAUAUCUCUGAGGUGACUAUCUACAAGGGCCUCUCUUGUGAGGUGAGGGCCGAGCAAGUGAAGAUACCCGUCGCUCAAGCCUUUCUUCAAAAAUACUCACAUUUUCAGGCGUCAUGUCCACCCCUAUUUCCCCUUCCCCGCUGACACUGGCCUCUCCGACAUCAGUUGCCUCCCCGCUGCCCUCGCCCCUCUCCCCUCCACCCAGGGUGCCCGUGUUCCAGAGGAAGGGCGCCCUCAAACACAAGAGGAUCGUCGAAGUGAAAGAUCACCAGUUCACGGCGCGCUUCUUCAAGCAGCCCACCUUCUGUAGCCACUGCACCGACUUCAUCUGGGGCAUCGGCAAACAGGGAUUCCAAUGUCAAGUUUGCAGUUUUGUGGUGCACAAAAGAUGCCACGAGUUUGUGACCUUCACCUGCCCUGGCUCGGUGACUGCCCCCAGACCAGACGACCUGAGAAGUUGCCACACGUUUAAGAUCCACACCUACGCCAGCCCCACCUUCUGCGACCACUGUGGCUCGUUGCUCUACGGCCUCAUACAUCAGGGCAUGAAAUGUGCCUGUUGUGACAUGAACGUCCAUCGGCGAUGUGAAACAAGCGUUCCCAGUCUUUGUGGCCAAGACCACACGGAGAAGCGGGGCCGGAUCCACCUGACGAUUCGAGGCGAGAAGGAAGACGUGUUCGUCACAGUACGGGAGGCUCGUAACCUGAUGCCCAUGGAUCCAAAUGGCCUGUCAGACCCGUACAUUAAGCUUAAAUUGAUUCCCGACCCAAAGAGCCACAGCAAACAGAAGACCAAGACCAUCCGCUCCACACUCAAUCCUGUCUGGAAUGAAAGUUUUACUUUUUCAGUGCGUGGCCACCAGUGGGACAGGCGACUGUCUGUGGAGGUGUGGGACUGGGACCGUACGUCACGCAACGAUUUCAUGGGCGCGCUGUCGUUUGGAGUCAGUGAGAUCUUCCGGCGUCCCAUCAGCGGCUGGUUCAAGCUUCUAGCGCAAGACGAGGGAGAGUAUUACAACAUCCCCGUGCCUGAUGCGGACCUGCAGGAGCCUCAGCCAGACGGCACCACGCCCACGUUGCCUCAAGUCGGACCCGCCAUCCUGCCCGAACCCCUCCCUGUGGCCCUGCCCCUGACCCCCGUCCCCUCCUGUCUGCCCCCCGACUCCCACGCGCAGGGCAAGGGCAGAGUGGGCAUCCACGACUUCAACUUCCUCAUGGUGCUCGGAAAAGGCAGUUUUGGCAAGGUGCUGCUGGCAGAGGAGCGAGGCAGCGAGCGUCUGUUCGCCGUCAAGGUCCUGAAAAAGGACGUCCUCUUCCAGGACGAGGACACGGAGAGCGCCCUGGUGGAGAGGAGGGUCUUGGCGCUGCAGAUGCGUCCCCACUUUCUCACGUCGCUCUACUGCGCCUUCCAGACUGAGGACCGCCUGUACUAUGUGAUGGAAUACGUCAAUGGAGGAGACCUGAUGUUUCACAUUCAGAUCAUCGGGAAGUUCAAAGAGCCUCACGCAGCGUUUUACGCAGCAGAGAUAGCAGUGGGCCUCUUCUUCCUCCACAGCAAAGGGAUCAUCUACAGGGAUCUAAAGCUGGACAAUGUGCUGCUGGACAGCGAGGGCCACAUUAAGAUCGCCGACUUUGGGAUGUGCAGGGAGGGAAUGUUUGAAGGCGACAGCACGCACACGUUCUGUGGAACCCCAGACUACAUCGCUCCCGAGAUUGUGGCCUAUCAGCCCUACAACAAAGCGGUGGACUGGUGGUCAUUUGGAGUGUUGCUCUAUGAAAUGUUGGCAGGACAGCCGCCUUUUGACGGCAUCGAUGAGGAGGAACUUUUCCAGUCCAUCAUGGAACAGUGUGUUUCCUACCCCAAGAGUCUCUCCCGUGAAGCUGUCGCCAUCUGCAAGGGACUCCUGACAAAGCACCCCGGCAAGCGCCUCGGUGGAGGAGAGGACGCCGAACGUGAGAUCAGGGAGCAUCCGUUCUUCCGCUGGAUGGACUGGGACCGUCUGGAGAGGCUGGAGAUCCCGCCGCCCUUCAUCCCCAGAUCUGGCGGGAAAAAAGGGGAAAACUUCGACAAGUUCUUCACGGCGGCCCCGUCGGCGCUCACUCCCUCGGACCCGGAUGUGCUGGCAGCCGUCAACCAGGAGGACUUCCAGGGCUUCUCCUUUCUCAACCCAGAGUUUGCUCCGUCACCCCUAACUGCAGUCUAAAAAUAACCUAACCUACCAUGCAAAUAGUCUAGUUUUAUACUGCGACCUCUCACAACUCCGUUCAAUACCAGGACUCCCAUGAAUUUAAUCCUGCUAGACAGAUUUAAAUAUGUUGCAAUAAUGCAAAGAAUGCCAGUGUUGUAGAGCGCCAUGUAAGAGUUGUUUUUGGAAAUAAUAGCAGAAUCACUUUUAUCAUUUUGCAUGCAGAUUAUAUAGAAUCUAUUUGACUCAAUUUCUGUAGAGGUUCCCAGAAAUACAGCACAUAGACAUGUUAUAUGUGGGCAGCAGAUGUAUUUCAAUAAAAAUCCUUUAAUUAGAGAUUACAUUACACUGGUGCACAAAGUAUUAGGCCACCAUUAUAUUUGUUGUUUUAGCAACAAAAUGACCAAAUGCAACUAGAAUGUACUUACAGGAGUUGUCCCUCCGAUUUCAUGAAUGAUGAUGAACAGAUGACAAAGUUUUCAGAAGUGGAUGACUGCUUUGAUGACAACGGUAAAAGUACAUUUCUAAACAUUUAUCCAGAUUUUUAAACCAAAAUUAUUAUGUACUUCUUUGGUCCGUUUCACAACGAUCAGUUUUGUGUUUUAUAUCAGUAUUUGUCCUGUGUUUUGGGGAAAUGAUCAUGAAAGCAACAAAUCUAGUGGUGGACUAUUCACAAGGUGAAGAUUGUAUUUAUUCCCAGCUAUUUAGACCAAUGAUAUGUAUUCCAAAUUUCCAAGCCACACCAAUUGAAUAUGGGCAUUUUUAUUUGUAUUCAUUAUUGUUAUUUUUAUUACAGUAUUUAUUAACAUAAUUUUGUGUUGUUUUCAUUUUUGUCAGGUUUAGUUAAUUUUAUUUACUUUUUAAUGUUAUGUUUAAUGUAAUGUAUUCUGUUUAUUUAUUUUAUUUCAUUUUAUUUUCCUGUUUUUAUGUGAUUUACUAUAGUUUUUAAUUAUUUUUAAUUAAUUAUCUAUUAUUUUAUUUAACAUUGAUAUAAUUUAUUUUUAAUUGUAUGUUUUUGAUUUAAUUAAAUUUUACUCAUUUUCUGUUUUUAUUUAACCCAUUUUACAUUAUAUUUAAUUAGUUUUCUUUUUUUCAUAUUUCACUGAUUUUUCUUACUGACUCAUUCCAUUUUAUUUCCAUGUUUUGAAUUUUUAAUUCCAGUAAUUCCGUUUUUUAAAUGUUUAUGUAGUGUAUUCUAUUUAUUUAUAUAUUUGGUUUUAUUUAAUUUUAUUUCAUUUAUUUUCUUUCUGUACAAAUUUUAUUUUUUUGUAUUUGUUUAUUCUUACUUUUAUUUUGGGCAGCCUGGUGAAGGACUGGUUAGCACGUCUGCCUCACAGUUCUGAGGACCUGGGUUCAAGACCGGAGUUUGCAUGUUCUCCCCGUGCCAUUGUGGGUUUUCUCCAGGUACUCCAGUUUCCUUCCACAUUCCAAAAACAUGCAUGGUAGGUUAAUUGAAGACUCUAAAUUAUCCGUAAGUGUGACUGUGAUUGCGAAUGGUUGUUUGUUUCUCUGUGCCCUGCGAUUGGGUGGCGACCAGUACGGGUGUACCACGCCUCUCGCCCAGAGUCAGCUGGGAUAGCCUCCAACACUCCCGCGACCCUAGUGAGGUUAAGCGCUACGGAAAAUGGAUGGAUGGAUUGAUAGGUUUUUUUUCAUUUAUUAGAUUUUAUUCAUUAAUUUCAUUAUUUUUAAUGAGAAUAUAUGUUUUUUUCAUUUUAUUCAUUUGCAAAUGAUUCUAUUUCAGUUUAUUUAAAUGUUAUUAUGGUAUUAAUUUAUUGUACUUUAUUUAUAUUAAUGUUCAUUCUUUUUAUAUGAAUUUUAUUUCUUUUUUAUAUUGCAUUUAAUGUUUUUUUUUAUCUUAACAUAUAUAUAUAAUAUAUAUUUAUUAAUUCUACUCUAUUAUAUGUAUUUUUUAUCAAUUCAAUUGAAUGAUCUUUUUUUUAAUUUGAUUUCAUUUUAUGUAUUUUAUUUUAAUUUGAUGUAUUUUAUUUAGACAAGUCCCAUUGAACGCCACUCCGUCAUCUUCCUGUGGGCUCGCUUGACCUCCAAAAUCAACGUCGCACACACAAGCACAGACCUAACCCGACCCACUCAGAAGCCACACUGACAGUGGACGCGGGCUUCAAGCACCGCCUCCCAUUCUGUCUGUCAUCAUAAUCCUUCACCACCUCAAAUUCGGCCACUACUUUGAGCCCAUUUUUUUUUAUAGUUUUUAUACACUCUAAAAAGCCCAACUUAAUUUUGUAAGAGACUUAAAACUCCAGGUGCGUGAGCUUGUGCAGAGGUUUUCUGGUCUGCUGUGACGUCCUGGCAGCAUCAUCGAUUAGUUGUAAUUAAAAAGCGCGGCUCUCUGGAAACAGUUCAAUAUGGCGAGCAAAUAAUAGCAUCAACUGUCAUCGGGCGCUAUCUCAGCCUGGCCAGGUGGCUCAUAUGGAAAGCCGAUUGAGCGUUUAUUCAAUAUCCUUGAUAUCCAUCUUAAGGUCUGUGUAGUAUUAUAGUAAGACAAUUACUAAUAACAUUUUAUUCCAUUACUAAUGCCACUUUUGCCUAAUAGUACGCAAUUAAACCUUGUAGUAAACUACUGAGCUUCACUCAUAAGACUACUAGGCCCAACUAGUAGGCAUGUGUCACACACUAGUAGCCUCCUGUACCCUACUAGUUGCAACAAAAUGACCAACAGUAGGUUUGCCUCACGACUAACAAGUGGGCAGCAGUGGGGGUAAAAAAAAAGUUACAAGUAAGACCCAGAUGUUCUACUAGUGCACUCAAUUGUCUUUAAAUGUUAUAUAAAUGCUCAAAUGACUUCAUGGAAAGCCGUUUGAGCGUUUGUUCAAUAUCCUUGAUAUCUAGCUUAAAAGUACUUGUACAUGUUACUAGUGAGGCAAAACUGUGCUACUAGUAUUUCUAGUGACAUAAAAAUCUGCUAGUUAACAUGUAGUGCCUGCCUAGUAGUAGUAGUAUUCCGCAGACAUCAACUCGUGCAAAGUUUUGCCUCACUGGUGACAUAGCUGCCCUACUAGUAUGCCAAAGAUAUCCUGUUAAUGUGCAGAAAUGCCAUACAAUAGUGGAAGGCAGUAAUGGAAAAGACAACAAGUAAGACACAGUCAUUCUUCUACUGAAUCCUACUUGUUCUACUUGUGCACUGAAUUAUGAUUUAGUGAAUUCCUUGCAACUGUACGUUGAGAAACAUUGUCUUUAAACUGUUCGACUAUUUUCUCACGCACUUGUUCACAAAGAGAUGAACCUCGCCCCAUCUUUGCUUGUGAAUGACUGAGAAAUUCAGGGAAGCUCCUUUUAUACCCAAUCAUGGCACCCAUCUGUUCCCAAUUAGCCUGUUCACCUGUGGGAUGUUCCAAACAGGUGUUAAAUGAGCAUUCCUCAACUUUCUCAGUCUUUUUUGCCACUUGUCCCAGCUUUUUUGGAACGUGUUGCAGCUAUAAAAUUCAAAGUUAAUGAUUAUUUGCUAAAAACAAUCAAGUUUAUCAGUUUGAACAUUAAAUAUCUUGUUUUUGUAGUGUAUUCAAUUAAAUAUAGGUUGAACAUGAUUUGCAAAUCAUUGUAUUCUGUUUUUAUUUAUGUUUAACAUAACGUCCCAACUUCAUUGGAAUUCGGGUUGUAACAAAUUGACAACUACAUGCCACUAGUAGUACUAGAUGCAUACAAUUCUACUUGUUAAUAUCUAGUACUUCCCUUAUAUUCCUUGUGGCAUGCAGAUGUAAACUCGUGCAAUUUUGCCUCACUCGUAACAUGAAGUUGUCCCAGUAUGCCAAAGUUGCCCUACUAGUGUGCAGUAUUUGUCAUAGACUAGUGAAAGGUAGUCAUUGGGAGAAAAAAACUUUACGAAUGAGAUACAGUCGUUCUUCUAGGGUGCCCUUGUUGUUCUACUAGUGCGCUGAAUUGUCUUUACAGUGAGGACAAAGAGUGUGCUAGUACACAGACCUUGGGCUGGAUAUCAAAGCUAUAGAAUGAUCACUUCCACUUUCCAUACGGCUCCGCUUAUUUCCCAAAUUGUAGCUUUGAUCUGGCACCUCGUACAUCCCAAUCUUUCACCCACUUCACUUUUUUUCCAGCAUAUUCAUGAUUAUUUCCUCAACAAAAUCCCACCAUGCCAAGCUUAAGUGACACCAUACAUCAAAUCUGAACUUUUUUUUUGUUUUUUUCUCGAUAGCACAAACAAUCCCAGUCGUUUAGAAAAUGACUUUGUUUAUCUAUUCUGUGUGUUGAUUGUGAUGGGGAAAACAUGCGGCAAAUUGAUAAGUAAAGAUGAAUAAAGUGCAGCGAUGAAGCUGCGGUGAAACAAACA